AUGUCAAAAACUGCACAGAAACGUUUGAUGAAGGAGUUACAGCAGCUGCUCAAGGACAGCCCAGAGGGUAUUGUUGCCGGCCCUGUAACAGAAGACAACCUCUUUCUAUGGGACUGUCUCAUAGAAGGCCCCCCUGAUUCACCGUAUGAAGGCGGUGUAUUUAACGCAAAAUUAAAGUUCCCAACAGACUACCCACUCUCUCCCCCAAAGCUUACAUUCACACCGAGUGUACUACAUCCUAAUGUGUACCCUAAUGGUGAGGUGUGUAUUUCGAUUCUUCAUGCGCCAGGCGAGGACCCAAACAUGUAUGAAGAUGCAAGCGAACGGUGGUCCCCAGUCCAGAGUGUCGAGAAGAUCUUAUUGAGUGUCAUGAGCAUGCUAAGCGAGCCAAAUGUCGAGUCUGGGGCCAACAUUGACGCCUGCAUUUUAUGGAGAGACAACAGGCCGGACUUCAUCCGGCAGGUAAAACUGUCCAUACUAAAGUCACUAGGCUUCUAA